UCCCUCCAAAGCGUUCCGGGCGGGAACGGGGGCGGCGGCGCGUUCCGGGUGGCGCCGCGUUCCGUUCCGCCUCCCCCCCCCCGCGCUCCCCCCCCCCGGGAGCGGCCUCAGCGGCGGCGGCGACAACGGCGGGAGGGCCCGGGGGCCGCUCCGGGCCGGGCCGCUCCGGGCCAACCCAUGGAGCCUCUCGUAGGUUGAUGCCGAGGAGCCGAGCCGGUGCCGCUGACUCCGCCUGGCCUUGGCUAUGGACAUCGUCCUGUCCGAUUUUGUUCGCUCAACGGGGGCAGAGCCAGGGCUGGCCAGAGACCUCCUUGAAGGCAAGAACUGGGACCUGAGCGCGGCGCUGAGCGACUUCGAGCAGCUGCGGCAGGUGCACGCCGGCAACCUCCCGCCUUCCUUCAACGAGGGCCGCGGCGCCCGCGCCCCCGAGAGGGAGCUGGCCCGGCCAGGGAGACCCCCCCUGCAGCGCCAGGAUGACCUGGUGCAAGAGAAACGCCUGUCCCGAGGCAUCUCCCACGCCAGCUCCACCAUCGUGUCCCUGGCGCGUUCCCACGUCUCCAGCAAUGGCAGCAGCAGCGACCACCUGCUGGAGAUGCCCAUCUGCACCUUCCAGCUGCCCGACCUCACCGUGUACUCCGAGGAUUUCCGCAGCUUCAUCGAGAGGGAUCUCAUCGAGCAGUCCAUGCUGGUGGCACUGGAGCAGGCUGGGCGUCUCAACUGGUGGGUGGCCGUGGAUCCCAGCUGCCAGCGCCUGCUGCCCCUGGCCACCACGGGCGAUGGGAAUUGCCUGCUCCACGCUGCCUCCCUGGGCAUGUGGGGCUUCCACGACAGGGAUCUCAUGCUCAGGAAAUCCCUCUACACCCUGAUGGACAAGGGAGCGGAGCGGGAGGCGCUGAGGCGGAGGUGGCGCUGGCAGCAGACGCAGCAGAACAAGGAGUCUGGCCUGGUUUACACAGAGGAGGAGUGGCAGAAGGAGUGGAACGAGCUGAUCAAGCUGGCGUCCAGCGAGCCCCGCGUGCACUACGGCACCAACGGCGGCGGCUGCGGCGGGGUGGAGGGCUCAGAGGAGCCGGUGUACGAGAGCCUGGAGGAGUUCCACGUCUUCGUCCUGGCCCACGUGCUCAAGAGACCCAUCGUGGUGGUGGCAGACACGAUGCUGAGGGACUCAGGUGGUGAAGCGUUUGCCCCGAUUCCCUUUGGAGGGAUCUAUCUGCCCCUGGAAGUCCCAGCCAACAAAUGCCACCGGUCUCCACUGGUUCUGGCUUACGACCAAGCUCAUUUUUCUGCCCUGGUCUCCAUGGAGCAGAAGGAAAACACAAAAGAUCAAGCUGUGAUCCCCCUGACCGACUCUGAGCACAAGCUGCUCCCCGUGCACUUCGCCGUGGACCCCGGCAAGGAGUGGCAGUGGGGGAAGGACGACAGUGACAAUGUCAAGCUGGCCAGCGUGACGCUGUCCCUGGAGGCCAAGCUGCACCUGCUGCACAGCUACAUGAAUGUCAGAUGGAUCACGUUGCCUUGUGACAUGCAGGCGCCUCUGGCUCAGCCAGAAUCCCCCACGGCCUCGGCGGGCGACGACGCUCGCUCGGCAGCGGAGUCGGGCGAGUCGGACAAGGAGUCGGUGUGCAGCAGCUCUGCCAGCAACGGGGGCACCAGGGCGGGCAAGGACAGGGAGAAACCAAAGAAAGAGAGAAGCAAAUGA